CCCGCCCUCCCUCUUCCACUCCCCGCGGCGCGAGCGGCUGACUGCCCGGAUAGGAAACGGCAUUCGGAGCUGCGCUCCCGCCCAGGCCGGCCCUGACGCGGGCCUCGUCAGCCAGUAACAGGGAGCAGAGGUGGGAGUUAGCGAGGCUACCACGAAAACAGUGAAGGUCGGAACCGACAGCCUCCUCCGAGAAGGGCAGGAGCUGGGAGGAGGCGGCGGCGGCGGCAGCUGGGAGGAGGUGGUGACGGUGGCAACGGCAGCUUCGGGGACGAUGGCGCGACUGGUGGCAGUGUGCAGGGACGGGGAGGAGGAGUUCCCCUUCGAGAGGAGGCAGAUUCCCCUCUACAUAGACGACACUCUCACGAUGGUGAUGGAAUUUCCUGACAAUGUGUUAAAUCUCGAUGGACAUCAGAAUAAUGGUGCACAGCUAAAGCAGUUCAUUCAGCGACAUGGUAUGCUUAAGCAACAGGAUCUAAGUAUUGCCAUGGUGGUGACAUCACACGAAGUCCCGAGUGCACUUUCUCAGCUUGUCCCGUGUGUUGGUUGUCGUCGCAGUGUGGAGCGCCUCUUUGCCCAGCUUGUAGAGUCUGGAAAUCCUGCUCUUGAACCCCUAACAGUAGGGCCCAAGGGAGUCCUGUCUGUAACUGGAAGCUGCAUGACUGAUGCAAAGAAGCUUUAUACAUUAUUUUAUGUACAUGGGUCCAAACUAAAUGACAUGAUAGAUGCUAUUCCAAAAAGUAAGAAGAAUAAGAGAUGUCAGUUGCACUCCUUAGAUACGCACAAGCCAAAACCUUUGGGAGGUUGUUGGAUGGAUGGAUGGGAACUAAUGUCACAGGAAUGCAGGGAUGAAGUAGUUUUAAUUGACUCGAGUUGUCUUUUAGAAACACUAGAAACAUAUCUGCGAAAACACAGGUUUUGCACUGAUUGCAAAAAUAAAGUCCUCCGAGCAUACAAUAUCCUUAUUGGUGAACUUGACUGCAGCAAAGAAAAGGGCUACUGUGCUGCACUUUAUGAAGGCUUGCGGUGCUGUCCACAUGAACGACACAUACAUGUUUGCUGUGAAACAGACUUCAUUGCACAUCUUUUGGGUCGUGUUGAGCCAGAGUUCACAGGAGGGUAUGAGCGAAGAGAAAGGCAUGCAAAGACAAUAGACAUAGCCCAAGAAGAAGUUCUGACCUGCUUGGGAAUUCAUCUUUAUGAAAGACUGCAUCGAAUCUGGCAAAAACUACGGGCAGAAGAGCAGACAUGGCAGAUGCUUUUCUAUCUUGGUGUUGAUGCUUUACGCAAGAGUUUUGAGAGACAGGGUCUACCUGUUUCCCAGGCUGGUCUCAGACUUCUAGACUCAAGUGAACCUGAACCUCCCGCCUCAACCUCUCAAAUUGCUGGGAUUACAGAAAUGGUGGAGCCAAUGAAGAAAUUAGCAGGGAUGGAUGUAGAGCUGACAGCUGAAGAGAGAAACUCUGUUACAUAUAAGAAUGUGAUUGGAGCUACAAGAGCCUCCUGGAGAAUAAUGAGCAGCCUUGAACAGAAAGAAGGAAACAAAGGAGGAGAAGACAAGCGAAAAAUGAUUGGGAAAUACCGGCAAAUGGUUGAGACUGAGCUAAAGUUAAUCUGUGGCGACGUUCUGGAUGCACUGGACAAACACCUCAUUCCAGCAGCUACCACUGGCAAGUCCAAGGUUUUCUAUUAUGAAAUGAAAGGGGACUACCACAGGUAUCUGGCAGAAUUUGCCACAGGAAAUGACAGGAAGGAGGCAGCAGAGAACAGCCUGGUGGCUUACAAAGCUGCUAGUGAUAUUGCAGUAAGAGAAAUUUCACCAGUGCAUCCCAUUCACUUAUGUCUUGCUCUCCAUUUUUCCAUAUUCUCCUGUGAAAUUCUGAAUUUCCCUGAUCCUGCCUGCAGGUAAGCUGUGGGGAGGAACACAAGCUGUCAGUGUGAAAGUGAAGGAUAGCUAUUUGAGUGUUCCAUCUUGUUUCUUGGGACUGCCUUUGUAGGCUUGGCUGCGUAGUAAUUCUUACGGCUCUUAGUUGAAGCUGCUUUGUAUUAAAACAGACCUAUCUCAACCCAGUAGCAUAGCAGUCAGGAUAAUUCUUUUGAUGUGGCAUAUGGUUGUUGUUAGUAGACUGAAAAGAAAUCUAACAUGUUAAUAUAACUAGAGGAAGAAAAUGAGAGAAAAUUAUAAUAGAAUUAUCUUAAUUUUUGUAUAUUAGUGUUCAGUCUUUGUGGGCAUGUUUUUAAUAGUUAUUCUCCUAGCAAACAUCAUUUUAUAUUUUCUGUUUUCGCAUAAACAAGUUUCAUUCUUACUGAUGUGUGUUAAAUUGUUCCCCCUUUUAUACUUCAGCUUGUUCCCAGUUUUUGAUAAUGUAGAUACAAAUUUAAGGAAUAUUUAUAUGUACAUAACAUUUUACUUUUAAAAAGUUGUGACAAAAUAUACAUACAAUUUAUCAUUAUAGCCAUUUUGAAAUGUGCAGUUCAGUGGCCCCAAGUACAUCAACAGUGUUGUGUAAUCACCACCACUAUGUGAAAACUUUUUCUUCACUCACACAAAACAAACUAUAGCCAUUAAACAAUAACUCUUCAUUUCCCCCUCCACAGCUGCCAGUAACCUCUAUUUUACUUUGUCCCUAUGAAUUGGCCCAUUUUAGAUACCUCGUAGAAGUGGGAUCAUAUAAUAUUUGUGCCUUGUAGCUGUCUUUAUUUCAGUUAGCAUAAUGCUUUCAAUGUUUCAUUAAUAUUAAGCGUGGAUCAGAGCUUCAGUCCUUUUUAUGACUGAAUAAUCAUCCAUUUUAUGUAUUUUUCACACAUCGUUUAGCCAUUGAACUUUUGAUGGUCAGUGAGUUUCUUUUCACCUUUUCCUAUUGUGUGACUAAUGCUGCUAUGAACAUUGGUGCACUAUUUGCUUGAGUUCUUGUUUCAAUUCCACCUGGGAGUGGAAGUGGAACAGAUAAUUACUUUUUUUUAAGACACGAGAUCUUAUUCUGUCCCUGCAGUGGUGCAAUCAUAGCUCACUGCAGCCUCAACUUCCUGGACUCAGGAGAGUCACUUGAACCCAGGAGGCAGAGGUUGUAGUGAGCCAAGAUCACGCCACUGCAUUCCAGCCUGGGUGACAGAGUGAGACUCUGUAUCAAAAAAAAAAAAAGGAAAAGAAAAACUGAAAACUGUGAUACUGGCAUAAGGACAGACAUCGAGAUCAAUGGGGUGGAAUAGAGGGCGCAGAAACAAACCCUCACAUCAGUGGUCAGUUGAGUUUUGAAAAGGGUGCCAAGAUGUGCUGGGCACAGUGGCUCACACCAGUAAUCCUAAUACUUUGGGAGGCUGAGGCAGGAGGAUCACUUGUGGUCAGGAGUUUGAGACCAGCCUGGCCAACAUGGCAAAACCUUGUCUUUACCAAAAAUACAAAAAUUAACCAGAGAUGGUGGCAGGCGCCUGUAAUCCCAGCUCCUUGAGAGGCUAAGGCAGGAAAGUUGCUUGAACCUCGGAGACAGAGAUUGCAGUGAGCCGAGAUCGCACCACUGCACUCCAGCCUGGGACCCAGCGAGACUCUGUCUCAAAAGAAAAAAAGAAAACUAUACAUUUUCUUACAUGUAUACAUCUGUCUUUCAUAUACUUGUAACUCAGAAAACCAUGCUUUCACAAAUAUAAUAAUAGAAAUACAAUAAUAUUGGCAAUCAUAACAUUCGUGAAACUGUAAAGAAUAAACUGGCCAGAUGCUGUCUCUUACACCCUAGAACCCAGGAUCUAGUCAAAGCUUCUCUUGGUUGUAUGAACUCACUUCAUGGACCUGUCAUAAGGCUCAAAAGAGAUACUGUAAACAAAAGCAUCUUGUAAACUGCAUAAGCCUGUAGAUACGUGGUUCAUCUAAAUCCAGGCACUUUAACGACUGACAGCUGCCCCCCCAGAACCUCCUUUCUCCAUUCUUAACAUAAACAACUUAUAUUUCCAAGUCCAGUUCAAAAGUUAUAUUCUUGGAAGCCUCCGCGUCCCUCCUGUCCAUCCAGGCAGAACUAAUCCAUCUACACUCUAGUAUUAUGCUCUCAUAACUCUUGGCUCUUCACCAGUUCAUUCAAGAGUGUAACGACUAGUUAAAAUAUGUCAGGCAUCAUGCUAGGCACUGGAGAAAAAAUCUUAAAUGUGUAAAGCUUACAGAGCUUUUUCACACACAUUAUCUCAUUUCAUACUUUAAAAAUAUCCCAUAGGAUCAUGAUUAUGUGUUUACAAUUUCUCUAACCAGAAUAAAUUCCCAGGGGGUAGAGACUAAGUGUGAUUCAUCUUUGAUUCCCCAGAGUCUAAUGCAGUGUCUGGCACCCAGAAGACACCCAUUAAGCACUUGAUAAAUGAAUGAAUAAAGGAGUAACAGACACCUGUUCGAUUACUAAAAUAUCAAUCAGGGUUGACACUGAAAUAAUCUUUCCACAAAGUUUCCACACGCCUGUAGUCCCAGCUACUCGGGAGGCUGAGGCAGGAGAAUUGCUUGAAGCUGAGAGGCAGAGAUUGCAGUGAGCCGAGAUCAUGCCACUGCACUCCAGCCUGGGCGACACUGUGAGACUCCAUCUCAAAAAAUUUUUUAAAAAUGUGGCAAAUUAAUGAGAGGAAAAUUUAAAAAGUUAACCCAACAAACCAAGAAAUCUAUUUAUGAUUAUGUUUUUUGUAAGAGACAGAGUCUUGCUCUAUUGUCCAGGCUAGUCUCAAAGUCCUGACCUCAAGCAAUUCUCCCGACUCAGCCUCCUGAGUAGUGGGGAUUAUAGGCAUUACAGGCAUGAGCCAAUGCCCCCAGCAAGAAGUCUAUGUUCUUAUCAUACACGUGACUAAACAAAAUUAUACUUAAGAAACUGACAAAUCAUGGUAAUAUUUUCAAUAUCACGACUACACUGAAACCCUGCCAGAGGUAUUUUUAAAAUGUCAAGGAUCUUUUUGAUUUAUUUUAUUUUUGAGACAGUCUCCCUCUGUUGCCCAGGCUGGAGUGCAGCAGUGAGAUCUUGGCUCACCGCAACCUCUACCUCCCGGGUUCAAGCGAUUCUCCUGCCUCGGCCUCCCGAGUAGCUGGGAUUGCAGGCACGUGCCACCACACCUGGCUAACUUUUGUAUUUUUAGUAGAGACGGGGUUUCGCCAUGUUGGUCAGGGUGGUCUCGCACCCUUGACUUUGUGAUCUGCCCACCUCGGCAUCCCCAAGUGCUGAGAAUACAGGCAUGAGCCACUGCGCCUGGCCAAAAUGUCAAGGAUUUUUACACUGAUGUGCUUAAUGUGCCCAAUCUGCAAUUCUGGUGGUAAUCAGUGACAUACCCAUAAAUCAGAGAGUACUUCUAUGAAAAUAAUCACAGCCUACAAAUAUGGAUAAAACUCCUCAGCUUUACCUGUUAGAUGGUUCUAGACAGUUUCAGAAUUGGUGCCUCUUUCUUCAACUCUCUCAUUAAUUUUAUUACCCUCGCCAGUAAAAUAAUCUUGCCAAUUGCUUUCCCUAUGAAAUUGUGAAUGAAAAUUCCCAUUUCUC